UAAGGCAGUUUCAGUUUCGGUUUUCUAUCUCCACAACUGGGUGGGUGCAAUAUCCUGUUUGAUUCCUCUUUCUAAAGAAUAGAACUUUGGAGAAAGCCAGACGCAGCAGCAAGCUUAAGAGUGCUGAGCCAGGGUAGCUGAGACUCGUCCCUUGCAGUCAGGUUACCAUAACAUCUAGUGCCAGCAUGGAGGCUCCUAUCUGCCUAGUGGAAAAUGAGAAUCAAGAGCUGAGAGUGAAUCCCGAAGCACUAAACAUUCUUGAGAAAAUUACUCAGCCUGUGGUGGUGGUGGCCAUUGUAGGACUGUACCGUACAGGGAAGUCCUACCUGAUGAACCGCUUGGCAGGACAGAACCACGGCUUCAAUCUGGGCACCACAGUGAGGUCUGAAACUAAGGGCAUCUGGAUGUGGUGUGUGCCUCACCCCACCAAGUCAAAGUUCACCCUUGUGCUUCUCGACACAGAGGGUCUAGGUGAUGUGGAAAAGGGUGACUCUAAGAAUGACUCGUGGAUCUUCGCCCUGGCUGUGCUCCUAAGCAGCACCUUUGUCUACAACAGCAUGAACACCAUCAACCACCAGGCCCUGGAGCAGCUGCACUAUGUGACUGAACUGACCGAGCUGAUCAGAACAAAAUCCUCUUCACAAUCUGAAGAAAUGGAUGAUUCUGAUGAGUUUGUGAGCUUCUUUCCGGACUUUGUCUGGACUGUUCGGGAUUUCACUCUGGAGCUGAAGUUAGAUGGACGCGCCAUCACAGCGGAUGAGUACCUGGAGAAUGCCCUGAAGCUGAUUCCAGGCAGGGGUCUCAAAGCCCGAAAUGCUAACAUGCCUAGAGAAUGCAUCAGGCAUUUCUUUCCACAACGGAAAUGUUUUGUCUUUGAUCGACCUACAAAAGAGAAAGAACUCUUAGUCCAUGUUGAGGAAAUACCAGAAGACGAGUUGGAUCCCAAUUUCCAAGCGCAAUCGAAAGUAUUCUGCUCUUACAUCUUCUCCAAUUCCAAGGCCAAGACCUUGAAAGAGGGAAUCAUUGUCAAUGGAAACAGACUGGCAACUCUGGUGACGACCUAUGUGGAUGCCAUCAAUAGUGGAGCAGUGCCUUGCUUGGAGAAUGCAGUGACCACUCUGGCCCAGCGUGAGAACUUCAUAGCUGUGCAGAAGGCAACUGACCACUACACUGAACGGAUGGCCCAGCUAGUGAGGCUCCCCACAAACACACUCCAGGAUCUGCUCAAUGUGCACACAGCCUGUGAGAAGGAAGCCAUUGCUGUCUUUAUGGAGCACUCCUUCAAGGAUGAAAAUCAGCAGUUCCAGAAGAAGCUGGUGGUUGCCAUAGAGGAACAUAAGGAAGAUUUCCUUCGACAGAAUGAAGAAGCAUCUCUCAGUUACUGCCAGGCUGAGCUGGAGAAGCUUGCAGAGCACCUGAGGGAGAACAUCUCACGUGGAGCUUUCUCUGUUCCUGGUGGACACAGACUCUACUUAGAGGCCAGGAAGAAUGUGGAGCAGGAAUAUGAGCGAGUGCCCAGGAAGGGAGUGAAGGCAAAUCAUGUCCUUCAAAGCUUUCUACAGUCACAGGUUACCAUAGAGGACUUCAUCCUGCAAUCAGACAAAGCCCUCACUGAUGGGCAGAAGGCCAUGGAAGCUGAGCGGGCUCAGAAGGAGGCAGCGGAACAAGAGCAGGAGCUACUAAGACAGAAACAGAAAGAACUGCAGCAAGUGAUGGAAUCUCAAGAGAGAAGCUACAAGGAAAAUAUGGACCAACUACACGAGAAGAUGGAGAUCGAAAGGAAGAACCUUUUGAGAGAGCAAGAGGAGAUGCUAGCACACAAGUUGAAGGUCCAAGAAGACAUGCUUAAAGAGGGAUUUAAAACAAAAUAUGAGGCACUGGGUGAUGAGAUAAGCCUACUACAAAAUGUGAUUAAAAAAAAUCAGAAUCUGAAUAGCUCAUUAGCUGCACAAGUCUUCGAUGGGUUUGGAAAUGUGCUAAUUUCAGUAUUGCCUGGUGCUGGUAAGUUAUUUGGUUUAGGGCUGAAAAUUGUAAGCAGUCAAAUGAAAAAGCCAAAGAGUUCUUCUUAGAAAACUGUAGGUAAGGUGUCUUUAUUCCUGAGAAUUAAUUUUGAACUCUUUGUCAUGUUAACUUCAUUUAUUAAGUUUCAAAAACCAAGAAUAUACAUAAGUCACUGUCCACAAAUUGAUGUCAAGUCCCCAUUGCUGAAGACAAUACCUACAUAACUCAACUCAUUGAACAUGGAGAAGUCAAGCUGGUGCCCAUAGAACCUUCACCCCACAUGCUAACAUCUUUGGUACAGGGAUACACUCUGCAUGCUACCAAAGAAAAACAAACAUCAAUCAGCCACAAAUCCUUUGAUCUAUAAGAGUGUCCUGCCUGCAAAGUAUGGUAGUACAGUGGAGACACAAAACUUAGGAGUAACCAGCCAAUCUCUGAUCUGACUUUAAGGUCCACUCCACAGAAUGAAUCUUAUAACUGCUAGUGCGACCAAGAACCAGAGAGUAAAACCAAAUACUACUUUCCUAUACAUUUCACCCCAAAAGUAGCAAUAAAAUGACACCUAAUGUCAUUCUGCUCUACUCAUAAAUCAGGGCCUUGCUCAGCCAUCAUUAGAAAUGUUUCCUCCUGUAGCAUAUAGAAAUAAGUACAGAGACCCAUGUGAUGUGGGAGUCCCCUCUGUGUGCUGUGAUUACCAUUAAUGAAUAAAGAAACUGCUUUGGACUUAUAGCAAGGUAGAACUUAAGUAGGCAGAGAAAACUGGACUGAAUGCUGGGAGAAGGAAGCCAGAUAGAGAGAUGCCAUGGAGCUGACAGAUUACUACAUGCUGAAACUUUAGCUGACGAGCCACAGCCACCUGGCAAUACACAGAUUAAUAGAAAUGUGUUAAAUUAAAAUGUAAGAGUUAUCCAAUAAGAAGCUAGAGCUAAUAGGCCAAGUAGUGAUUUAAUGAACACAGUUUCUGUGUGAUUAUUUUGGGGCUAAGCUAGCCGGGCAGCUUGGAACUGGGCUGUGGAAACAAACAAGUGGUUCCUUGCAACAGCUGGUGUUCCAAAGUGGUGGAGCAAAAUCCAUGUAAAAUCUAAAAAGCUUAAAAUGGACAAAAGAACAGAGUCAAGCAUGGUUUGGUAGAGGCAUUUUCUUGAGUGAGUUCUGUUUGCUAGAGGUGGGCAGAGGCAUGGCUCCUUUAAUAGAGAUUUUCCUGAUUUAGCCAUAGCAGAAAAAAAGCUGCGUGGUUUUAAAACAUGGCUUCCUGGACUAUGGUGCCAGGUCAAACUCUGGCUAUGGAGCAUUUGAAUGGCAUUUGUGGGCUUGAGUAUUUGUGUGCCCACUUGGAGUUGGGAGGAAAGUAGCUGAGACCUUGCCCACAGCAUAGCACUCCUUGCCUGGGCAGGCGGCAAGAUCGGUCUACUAGGUGUGCACCAGCAGAAGAGCAUGGCAAAUUCCUGCUUCCAUACACAGAGGUAUUUCCAGGUUGCUCAGUACUCUACAUGGCAGAUUUAGCUAUUACUCAGAUAAAAAGGGUUUGUGUGCUGCAUGCUCAUUCUCAGGGUUAAAGUGCUGAGCCCCAGAGCCUCCACCGUUUUAAAAUGGGAGAGAGGUGGAGCCAGCAUCCAGAGCAGCUGCAACCAAGCUGCUUAUCAUUUUAAAAGCUCUUCAAGACAGUAAAGAAUUACAGAUAAUGCAAUAAGGACAGAUUCAGACAUAAAAGAACUCUAAAUGGGUCACAGUUUUGGGAAAAUGUAUAUAGGCCUGGAAGAGGGAAGAAAAAGAGUAUAGAGAGUUGGAAAAGAAGUAAACCUUUUUUUUUUUAAAAAAAAGACUAUAAAGAGACAAAGCAAAGACAGUCAUAGAUUAAAAGGAGUAAAGAAAAAUAAGCCAAGACAGAGAGUCUGGAUUAUGUAUAUCAUUAUGUUUUCUUUGAAAUUUUGACUGUGAAGGAGCUAAGUACACAGAGACAUUUUAUUGUAUGGGCUGCUAAGCUAAACCAGCAUAUAUAUUAUAAAGGUAACAUGACUUCCAAAUUUG